AGACAGUGAGGAGCUGCUGGAGGGGACGCAGACGGUCCAGCCCAACCCAGUGGGGAGCCGUUAGAGGCUGGACCCCUCCAGAGGAUGAUGGCAUCCCAGCGUGGAGGCUCUGCCCGUGGUGCCCAGGUGCCAGCUGGAGAGGUUGUUCUGUCUGAGUCCAUGUCCCUUCCCUGUCCCCCCGGGGCUGUGACUGGGGCUGUGCCAUUGACUGUCCCCUCGUCUUUGCAGGAGCCUGGGAUGAACAGCUCGGCUCCGGGGCCGCUGCCAGCGGGACACCCUGGCGAGUGCGUGCCCAGCGACCCGGUGCAGUUCCUGCUGGUGCCUGCUGUCUACUGCCUGGUGCUGUGCGUGGGGCUGCCGAGCAACCUGCUGGCCUUGCUGGUUUUCCUGCAGAGCGGCAAGGUGAGGAAGGCCAUCCGCAUCUACCUCAUCAACCUCACGCUGGCCGACAUCCUCUUCAACCUCACCCUGCCCCUCUGGAUCCCCUAUUACCUGGCUGGGGGGAACUGGUUGCUCUCAGAGGCCGCGUGUCGCUUGGCCGGGGCCGCCUACUACCUGGCCACCUACAGCGCCGUCACCUUCAUGGCUCUGAUCGGCUUCAACCGCCUGUGCGCGGUGCGUGCGGCGCGGCGGGAGCUGCCGCUGACGGGGCGCCGCGGGGCCGUGCUGGCCUGCGCCCUGGCCUGGCUGCUGGGGCUGGGCUGCGCCGUGCCCACGCUGGCCACACGGCAAACCUUCCCCUCCCGGGACGGGGCCACGGGCUGCUUCGAGCAGCACGGCCGGCAGCGCGCCUACGCCUACGCCACGGUGGGCUUCUUCGCCGCCGCCUUCCUGGUGCUGCUCGGCACUUACGCCUCCAUCGCCCGCUCGCUCUCGGCGCCCGCCGCCUCGCCGGGCUCCCACCGGCGGCAGGCUCGUGCCAUGGUGCUGGGGAUGCUGCUGGUCUUCGUGGUCUGCGUGGCACCUUACCACGUCACUCUGGCCCCCUGGGUGGGCAGCCAGCCCCCAACGCCGCUCUGCGGGCCCCCCGCCGCCCUGGACGUGCUGCACGCGCUGAGCGUGGCCCUGCUCAGCCUCAACAGCUGCCUCGACCCUCUCGUUUAUUGCUUCUCCAUCCGGCGUUUCCGCGCCGACCUGGGACGGACCCUGCGCGGGAUCGGCCGCUGCCUCCCGCUGCGCCCCCCGGCCCCCGCCGCGCCCGUGCCCAGCGCCCGCACGUCCUCCUGCGCCUCCUCGUAG